AAGGCUAAACCGUGUACCCGAGUACAAACGGAUGUACAGUGAGUUCCUGAAAGAAUACGAAUCACUAGGUCACAUGACUAAAAUAGACGAAGUCCAGUUUCCGAACUAUUUUCUACCUCAUCAUGGUGUUUUUCGCGAAAGCAGUGAGACGACGAAACUUUGAGUAGUUUUCCAAGCGAACACUCCCACUGAAUCAGGCAAGUCGCUCAACGACAUUAUGUUACCGGGGCCGUCAUUACAAAACGAUAUAUUCUCGAUUCUUUUAAGAUUUCGGCAGCAUAAAUACGUAGCAUGCGCAGACAUCGAGAAAAUGUUUCGGCAAGUAAAUGUACAGCCUGAUCAACGUAGCUUGCAGUGUAUAGUUUGGCGGGAAAACCCUGAUGAUGAGUUAGGCGUAUAUCAGUUGAACAGUUUAACGUAUGGGACAACUGCAGCGCCUUAUCUAAGCAUGCGAUGCAUACGACAGUUAGCUGAGGAAUGCGAUGAUCCCUUGAUACCCAAGGUGAUCAAAGACGAUAUGUAUGUUGAUGAUUUGAUUACGGGUGAUGAUGAUCAACAAAAAUUGAUAGCUACAUGCGAGAAAACGUCACAGGUAUUGAAUUCGGGUUGUUUUCCGCUGCGAAAAUGGACAUUUAACUUCGACGUUAGUGACACAGCAUCUAAAGAAAUAGCUAAGGGUCCGCACACACAGAGCAAAACGUUAGGACUUGGGUGGUUAAGCGCGAGCGAUGAACUUCACUUCACGACAAAAUUAAGUUUAGAUAGUGAAUCAAAGCUAACAAAACGUUCUAUCCUGUCAGUGUUAUCACAAAUAUACGAUCCCUUAGGUCUCUUGGCACCAGCAGUGAUACAAGCGAAGAUCCUGCUGCAACAGUUGUGGUUGCUUAAGAUAGGUUGGGAUGACGCGGUCCCCGAUGACGUAGUCAGCAUGUGGAAUAGUUUCCUAAGUACGCUAGGAACAUUAAACGAAAUAAAAAUAGAUAGAUGGAUAUCAAGCGAUAAUACGGAAGUGCGAGAGCUUCAUGUCUUUUCUGAUGCAUCACAAAAGGCAUACGGGGCCUGUGCCUACAUACGAUCAUGCAGUAAUAAUGGCAAUAUAACUGUAAAACUACAUUGCGCGAAAAGUAGGGUUGCACCUUUAAAAGUUUGUAGCAUACCCAGACUUGAGCUGUGUGCAGCGUUAAUCGGCGCUAGACUAUACGAUGCGAUAAUAAAAGCGUUACGUCUAUCAUUCGAUCGCAUAUAUUUUUGGACAGACUCCACGAUAGUCAUGGGCUGGCUUCGCAUGUCUCCCCAUCUGCUCAAAACGUUUGUACAGAAUCGAGUUACCGAAAUAAACGAGCUGACAGGUAACUGUACGUGGUUACAUGUUGAUGGCAAACAUAAUCCCGCGGAUUUAGUUUCGCGAGGGCUUAACUUAGACGAAUUAGGUAAGUCAAGUUUAUGGUGGAAUGGACCGUCUUUCCUAAAUAACCCUGAACUGCCAGCUAGUCAGACGAAUCAAGUGCAUUUCGAGUCAUUACCUGAAAUGAAACCGACAAAUAAUACGACGAGCUUAGUCAGUACGCAGCCUAAUGAUGAGUUAUUUGACUUCACUGAAUACUCUCAAUUCAAUCGGUUACAACGUAUAGCUGCCUACUUGCUACGCUUUGUAAACAACUGCCGAAGUAGUAAGAUUAGAAAAACCGGUUCAUUAUCAGCUGAUGAGUUACAAGAAUCACGACUUUUACUCGCGAGAAUGUCACAAAAACAGUCAUUUCCGAAAUUAUACGAUAAUUUAAUUCACAAAAAGGACUUGAGUCGUGAUAAAGAGAUGAAACAAUACCUAAACUUAAACGUAUUUUUAGACGAAGACAAAGUUUUACGUGUAGGCGGUAGAUUAGGUAAUUCUAGUUUUGAAUAUGGGAAAAAGUACCCUAUUCUAUUGUGCAGUAAACAUGAAUUCACUUUAAUGAUGUGCCGUUAUGAACAUAAACAAUUAUUACACGCUGGUCCACAGCUCAUGUUAGCAAACAUUCGCGAUAGCUGGUGGCCAAUUGGUGCUAGAAACUUAGUUCGAAAAGUAGUGCAUCAGUGUGUAAAAUGUACGCGAUUGAAGGGAAAGGUUCUAAGUCCUAUCAUGGGCAACCUACCUGCUAACCGUUUGGAGGGCAGUUUUCCCUUCUUACAUACCGGAGUAGACUUCGCUGGGCCAGUGAGCAUACUUAAUCGUAAAGGUCGAGGAGCGACACUUACCAAAGGGUACAUAUGUUUAUUUGUUUGCCUAUCGUCGCGAGCGAUUCAUUUGGAGCUAGUUAGCGGUUUAUCGACAAAUGAUUAUGUUCUAGCACUCAUUCGGUUCUAUAGUAAACGCGGUAAACCAAUUUCGAUUACUUCAGAUAACGGAAGAAACUUUGUAGGCGUAGAAACGCAAUUUCCCUUACUCUGUGACAAAAAUAAACGAAAGGUCAUUGAUCACUCGGCUAAUCAGGGUAUACAAUUUCAUUUUAUCCCUCCUUACUCUGCUCAUUUUGGUGGUUUGUGGGAGGCGGGAGUAAAGUCCUGCAAGAGUCACCUGAGGCGAAUAGUUGGUGAUGCUCGAUUAACGUUUGAGGAAUUUAGUACUGUGUUAGCGCAGAUCGAGGCCGUCCUAAAUUCCCGCCCCCUGUCGCCGCUCUCCGCCGACCCGAACGACCUCUCGCCGCUGACGCCGGGACACUUCCUCAUCGGGCGCCCCCUGACCGCCCCACCAGCCGAGGACCUGACAGCAGCCGUGACCAACCGGCUCAACAGAUACGACAGAGUCGAACAGCUUCGACAGCACUUCUGGCGGCGAUGGUCAAAAGAAUUCGUCUCCGAGCUGCAAACACGAACCAAGUGGAAAAUCAACCACGAUACACUCACGAUGAACAGUCUGGUGUUGAUCAAAGAGGACAACCUUCCACCGCUGAGAUGGCGACUGGGAAGAAUCGUGCAGCUGUUCCCGGGCACAGACGGAGUAGCUCGAGUGGCAGACAUACGCACCGCCACGGGCGUGGUACGCCGCGCCUUCUCGAAGAUCUGCCCACUGCCUCUUCAGCCAGAGCCCUCUUCAUCAUCAUUACCGGCUUCACCUACGAUUACGACCUAGAUGUUGGAAGUAGGUUCUUCCAAGGCCGGCGGUAUGUUCGCGACUGCAGCGCCGCGACCGCCGCGCGGCCUGGUGGCGGUCGGCGGAAACUAAAAACAAAAGAACUGAAAGAA